UUACCGGAUGGAGGACUCGGACUGGAAAUCUUGCAAAUCAUCAAAGAAUCCCAGCAGCAGCACGGCCUCAGGCAUGGAGACUACCAGAGAUACAGGGGCUACUGUUCCCGCAGGCUGCGGCGCCUCCGCAAGACUCUUGGCUUCAAGAUGGGAAACCGACACAAGUUUGUUGGGAAGAAAGUCACUGUGGAAAUGCUUUCUGAUAACAGGUAUCUUCUGCUGGUUUUGAUGGAAGCAGAGCGUGCAUGGAGCUACGCCAUGCAGUUGAAGCAGGAGGCCAAUACGGAGCCACGUAAGCGCUUCCACCUGCUGUCACGACUACGUAAGGCUGCAAAGCACAGUGAGAAGCUGGAGAAGCUCUGCGAAAGCCCCCGUGUGGACGCCAAAACUAAACUGGAGGCACAGGCCUACACUGCAUACCUGAGUGGAAUGGUGGAGUUUGAGCUGCAGGAGUGGAAACAAGCCAUGGAGGCUUUCAACAAGUGCAAGACCAUUUAUGAGAAGCUGGCCAGUGCCUUCACUGAGGACCUGGCAGUUCUGUACCGCCAGCGUGUAGACGAGAUAUCGCCCAACAUUCGCUACUGCGCUUACAAUAUUGGUGAUCAGAAUGCCAUCAAUGACCUGAUGCAGAUGAGGCUGACUGGUGGAGGAGGUGGCAUGAUGGCUGAGAAACUAGAGGCACUGAUUACUCAGGCGCGAACCAAGCAGGCGGCCACUAUGAGUGAAGUGGAGUGGCGAGGACGCACGGUGCCCGUGAAGAUCGACAAGGCUCGCGUCUUUCUAUUGGGUCUGGCAGACAACGAGGCUGCCAUCGCUCAGGUCAGCCUCUCACACUAUCACAUGUCCCCUCGCUGUCGCCACAGCUCAUUCCUUCAGUUUUGUGCCCGAGUACUCAGCACACCCUGCAGACACACCUGUCACACCCAUUGCCACUCAGGUCUCAGCUACCUGACCUACAUUAAGCUGUGUACACUGGUGAAGAGGAAUGAGAGCAUGGCUCAUACUCUCCAGGCCAAACUGAAGGAGCCCGAGGCCGACGAGAACAAGAGGGGGCCCCGUCCACAGGAUCUCAUCCGCCUGUAUGACAUCAUCCUGCAGAGUCUGGCAGAGCUCUCCACCCUGCAGGGUCUGGAGGAUGACCACACCUUCCAAAAGGAGGUGUCCCUGAAGACCCUGGUCUACAAGGCCUACAGGUGUUUCUUUAUAGCCCAGUCUUAUGUGUUAGUGAAGAAGUGGAGUGAGGCGCUGGUGUUGUAUGAAAGGGUGCUGAAAUAUGCCAAGGAAGUCCAAUCUAAGGCCAAGAGCCUCAACAACAGCCUCAAGGAUCUUCCCGAUGUCCAGGAGCUCAUUGCUGAGGUCAACGCUGAAAAAUACUCACUUCAAGCUGCUGCCAUUUUAGACACCGAUGAGAUAGUUGAAGUUCCUCAGCAGCUGGUGAAAGACAACAGGCCCCUCUGUGACCACCUGGAGACCUUCCGCUUUGACCCCAGUCUCGUCGGAAAACAGCCCAGUCUGGUCCAGUUUCCACCCGACUUCCAGCCAAUCCCCUGCAAGCCUCUGUUCUUUGAUCUUGCUCUUAACCAUGUGGCCUUCCCACCGCUGGAUGACAAGGUGGAACAGAAGGGCAAGGGCGGUCUGACUGGCUACAUCAAGGGCAUUUUUGGCUUCGGCAGCUAAACCUAAACCCACACUUCAACCUCCAUGUGAGAGCCACAGGGCCCAGAGUUUACUGCAACCAGCCAGAAUUGGGUCAGCUGUUAGUUAGAAUCAUUUCAGUUUGUCUUUUAUGUUUAAUUUUUAGUGCCUAUGUGCAGAGGGGUUGGAGUUGGCAGUUCUGAGGAAGACUGAGUCAAUAUAGUCUUCUCGGAAAGAUAGUAGCACUAUGACCCAAGUCCACAUCCAGCUUCAGUAAUCGUAUCAGCCUGCAUGGCUUCACAGCAUACAGGCUCCCUCCUUAAACUGAGCAAUGGAGGUGUUGGCAACUUUUAACACAUUAAUAUGCUGUGGUUUUGAUGAGUGAAGUCAAGCUGUCAAUCUCACUGUCUAGUAAGAUUACAUUUUUUCCCUCUUGUGUUUUAAAUGCACCUUCAUAUUGUGUGUUUUUUUUUUUUGCCUUUUGUAAAUGGAUUGUUCUGCAUUUUUCUUAGCCCUCUAAAAACAAAAAGAUAUGUUUUGAUCUCACCAGCCUCAACAUUAAUUACAAGACCUAUAGCUGACCAAACUGUAAUCAUCUGUAUGAUUUCAUCAGUCAUCACAAACUAAAGUUUCUCCUCUUAAUCUUUGCCCUUGUUGCUUUCACAGCAUAAAAAUCCUCAUAAACACUGUACAGCCACAAGACCUUGUGUUGGGACAAGAAAUGUCAGCUUGCUCAGGUGCCUAAGAGUGUACUCGCACUGAGCUGCUCCUCCCAGCGUCCAGCUGUUUUGACCAGUGUGUGCCUGUUAGAAGAAAACAGGUGGCCAUGGGUCCGUAGCUGAAACGCUGCUUCAACAUCUCAGUUAUUAACCAAUAAAUCACUGGUAGAUAAAGGCACGUCAAAGAACAAGGUUUCACUGUAAGUGUGCCUGUCUUUAACUUUAAAUUCUAUAACGUGAACUGUAGCACGUGUCUCUGAGUGGAGAGGAGAUGUUUGGGUUUGGG